AUGUCUGGACGUGGCAAGCAAGGCGGCAAGGCUCGCGCCAAGGCCAAGACCCGCUCCUCGCGGGCCGGGCUCCAGUUCCCCGUGGGCCGAGUGCACCGCCUGCUCCGCAAGGGCAACUACGCCGAGCGGGUCGGGGCCGGGGCGCCGGUGUACCUGGCGGCGGUGCUGGAGUACCUGACGGCCGAGAUCCUGGAGCUGGCGGGCAACGCGGCCCGCGACAACAAGAAGACGCGCAUCAUCCCGCGCCACCUGCAGCUGGCCAUCCGCAACGACGAGGAGCUCAACAAGCUGCUGGGCAAAGUCACCAUCGCUCAGGGCGGCGUCCUGCCCAACAUCCAGGCGGUGCUGCUGCCCAAGAAGACCGAGAGCCACCACAAGGCCAAGGGCAAGUAAGGCCUCAACAGCAACUCCUUCGUAAACCAAAGGCUCUUUUCAGAGCCACCCACAAUUUCUGUGGAAGAACUGAGCA